UUGUGAUGUAUAGUUAUAAUAAUCUAAUCUAAAACGCAUUAUACCACCCGGCCUUUAUAUAUAAGUGGUGCGGAGGAACAAGUGACAUUCAGUCAUUAUAUCGGGUAUCAAAAUGAGGAUUUUGGCAGUCUACACAGUACUAUGUGUUAUCGCGGGUCUGGGAGCCGCUCCCGCCUCUGAAGAUCACGAGGACGUUGUACCGAAGGGCGUUUUUCUAGAUUCCUUCAUCAAAUAUAAGGCGGAGUAUGACAUCGUUGAUAUCAUGGUGCCAAUGAACGCUAUCAAUUUCGCCGCUUCUGACAGUAGCGAAUCUGAGUCCGAAGAAUUUAAUCUUAAAGAUUUAACAGUUUUCUUUGUCGUAGCUGAUGAUAAGGACGGCAAACGUGAAGACAAAGGUCUGUAUAGAUACAAAAAAGGCGACUCCAAAAUGAUUCUAGCCACGGGUAGAUCGUCGACAGCUUCCAGUAACAACAAUAAAUUGGUGUUUUUUGCUGCCAGCGAUGGUCUCUACGUUUACAACACCGAGACCGAUUCCGCUGAUAAAUACGGCCCAAUCACUGACGCCAUUAGAAGCAUUGCAACUGACGAAACGGGAGCUACAAUAUACAUAGUGACAGACGAUCAUAAACUUUACAAAGUCACAAAUAACGGUGAAAAUAAAGAACUUGUAGAUGACGUUGAUGAUGUCGUGGAAAUUGUGCUCGAUAAUGUAGGCAAUCUCUAUUAUUACAACACCAAAAAGGAAGUUUACAUUAAGACGUCUGAUAAAAUUAUUAAAGCAGAUAAUCUUCCUGCGGAUCCGAAAGUAAUAAAGGCUAUACGACCUCCGUUCAUCAUUUACAAAACUGUUCCAAUGUCGUUUGAUGACACGGUGUAUAUAGUCCACUCGAAUGGUCGCUCAGAGAAUUUGGGUUUCAGAUUCGCCCCAGACGCCACUCCGACAGCCUUCGGUCCUGAAGCGGUCCACGUUCAAUAUUACGCUCUCGACAAAAAAUUAUACGAAUUCAAUAUAAAGGAAAUGAAGGAUAAUGACGUAUUCCAUAAUGUUAGGGAGAAAACUGAAAAGAUCCGCAACCAAGCUUACAAGAGUAAACAUACUUUGGGAGCUAAGAAAGAUUAAAAUUUAUCUGUCAAUCUGUCACUGAAUAAAUAUUUGUGAAUUUUUAACAUAA